AUGGCUGCUCCAAGGCCAGCGCGGCCAAAGCCCUUGGAGUGGUUGGGUCCAUCGAAUUUGACGGUGUUCAUCCGGAACCUCAAGCUCCUUCACCUUGACCAUCGCGAGGACUGGCCCGAUAUCACUCUACGCUCCCUAUCUCCGUCCUCGCAGAACCAGCGCCAGCGCAUCCGCCUGGUAGAAUGGGCUCUUUACUACCUAUUCACAAUAUGGGAUCCAGAAGGAGCUCAAAAUAAACUACGACCCUUCUUCCCACCCUUGGAGCCGCUCCAAUCCGUCAACCUCCGCGCUGCGCUAUUCCGCGCAUUGUCUGAUUUGAAGAAAAAUGGAGAUCUCGGUCGGGAAACCAUCUUGCGCAAAACAAUGCUGGAUGACUGCAAAGGGGAGAAGUUUGAUGAGCUUCUGGCAACGUUCUCCACUGCCGUUCUUCGCAAGCUAGUCACAGUCUCUACGGGAGAUAUGCUGUGGAAUCCUGCAAUGAGAAUAGCUUCGGCCAGCUCAAUAUCCCCAGUGGACUAUCAAAACAUGGUUCCGCUCAUUAUUGCCCACCAAAACUCGCUAAGCACGUCAGGGGCACGUCGCGCACGGGCGCACCAAGCCUACAACCAGUUUUCGCGGCUAUUGGAUGAAAAAAAAGCUGAACUGACGGAGCGAGCGAAGAGAGAAACCAAUGGAGAACAUGACGAGCUGAGUGCGGAUGCUGAAACAUUGACGCGUGAGAUUCGAGCAAAUUGGCUUGGAAGCGAGGAAUGGGCUACCGCAAUACUUGAUGGAGGUGCCCAGAGCAGCACCGAUGCAUUCCUGGAACUUCCGUUCUCGCAGGCAUGGGCUCAGGUAGCGGAGCAUAACGUGGAUUCUCUCGCCAACGGCAGCAAGCAGGACCUAGUCGUGGACCUGGAAGCACGCAUACUACAUCUACGGGGCCGCUUACGCAGAUGGAAUGAGUUCAACGACUUGCUUGCUAAAGACAAAGCGGAUGGAAAGAAUUCUCCCGGAGAGACGCACGACACCCGUCUGGUUUUUCGAGAUCAUCAAGCCCUGAAUGUCGCAAGCAUCUCGAAGGCUGUUCGACAAUCCAGUGAAAAUGGGAGGGCACUUUCAGACUCUGAUGAAUCAUUCAUGUCUACUGUCGCCGAGGCAAUUUCUCUCAUUAAUGGCAACCCUCGCGAGACCAACCCUCAAUCACGGUCUGGUAGUCCGCAGAGGAAGACCCCAGCCAUGGCGAUGAAUAUACCUAGUCAGCCUAGCCCAUCUAAUUAUCAAACAAUAUCGCCUCCCUUUGACAACGAACAUUCCGGCAUCUUGACAGAUACAUCCCACAGCUCGGAGCCGGCCAGCAGACAAUCAUCGCCUCCAACUGUCCGUCUUACUCCAGAUCCUGAACCUGUCAAAACCACUACUUCAAACACAAACUAUACUCUAGCUGAACGCACCCGAAAAUCAAUGUCUCUUAUUCCACCCUUACCUCGCGAACCGGCACCUCGCCCUCGCCGAGGCCCACGGCCUUCAUUUCCUACCAACCAAUUCGAAACGCCGCGAAAAUCAUCUGCACCUAUUCGGUCCACAACACCCCAAGACAAGCUAUUCGAAGAAGAUGCGGAGUACUCCAGCGUCUUCAAAUCAAGGCCACGUAUAGCACUGAGUCCAGUUGCUUCUCCAGCUGUCCAUAUUCCCGGCUUUGACGAAUUGGAUGAGUUUGGGUUGGGCUAUGAUGAUGAAGAUGUAGGAGAUGUAGAUUCUCCAUUAGCUGCUCCGCGGUACAGGUGA